AUGGUCCUCAAGCUCUACGGCAACCCGCACUCUACGUGCACGCGUCGCGUCGCAGUUGUGCUGCACGAGAAGAAGAUCCCGUACGACUUCUUCCCCAUCGACUUCUCCAAGGGUGAGCACAAGGCAAGCUCGUACCUCGAGAAGCAGCCUUUUGGCCAAGUACCCUACAUCGACGACGACGGACUCGUUGUGUUCGAAUCGCGCGCGAUCGCCCGCUACAUCGAGGCCAAGUUCCCCGACAAGGGCCCCAAGCUCGCGCCGACUACGUCCGAUCUCGCCAAAUACGCUCUCUACGAGCAGGCUUCCAGCAUUGAGCAGUCCAACUUCGAUGUCUACGCUUCUGGCGCCGCUGCGGAGAAGAUCUUCAAGCCGAUGAAGGGCCAGGGCGGCAGCCCGGAACUUGCCGAUGCCCUGCUCGCGACUCUCGAGGCCAAGCUCGAGGGCUACGAGAAGCUCCUGAGCAAGCAAAAGUAUCUGGCUGGCGAUGAGAUCACUCUCGCUGACCUCUACCAUCUGUCUUACGGGUCGUUACUUCCGAAGCUUGGCUUUACGACUCUCGAGACCGGCGCCAACGGCAAGCCGAACGUCGCUCGCUGGUGGAAGGACAUCACCUCGCGGCCGGCAUGGCAAGAGGUGAAGGACGGCGUCCCUGCAGCUGGUUUGAAGGCGUGA